GUAUGUACACGUACUUGCCGUACAGCAAAGGUGGCUCCCAGAUGGUGAAGAUCGCCUUCUGGACACCAGCUCACGGCUUCAAACACCUCUCUUCUGUCUCCUUUUUCCAGGACAAAUUCCAAAACUUCUACGGUGCCAAGGUGAACGUGACAUCCGGACCUUACAUGCCUUACUGGGACGAGGAAGAGGUGCUGGCCGCUGAUGGAUCCAAGACAAUCGUGUACCGUGGCUCUGACUACCGCAUGGUGGAUGCUAUUGCCUCGGCUCUUAAUUUUACUGUCCGCGUCCUUCCGACGUCAUCGUGGACUGAGGUAACACGACUGGUCGAGGAGCAGACCUCACUGAUAUCUCCAAUUCUUCAUGGUUUCCUGCCUGAGCGCGUGGAAAAAUUUGACUUCACGUACAUAUAUGAAAACGCAUAUUUGUCAUUUGGGAUGGCUAAACCCGACCUGGAACCUCGAUGGAAAAGCAUUUACUAUCCUCUGUCUAAUGGAGUGUGGACAGCAAUGAUUGGGCAUGUUCUCUUCUUGCCAUUCUUCUUGUGGCAGCUCAUUCGUGCAGGACAUGAUGGGCACCCACACGUAGGUGUAGGGUCGGUAUUCCAGGACAUGGUGGGGAUGCUGCUCGGCCAGAACCUUCCUCGUCGCCUUUCAAACACCUCCUCUAGCAGAGUUCUGGUGGCAGCCUGGCUGGUGUUCGCCCUCAUCCUCGGGCUGGCCUACCGCGGCAACCUGACUGCCUCUCUCACACUUCCCAAGUAUCCACCUCGCCCAGAGACACUCAAGGAAAUCGUCGACAAUGUUGACAUGAUAACAAUACCUAGUUACGGUACAACCUUCCGCAAAUUCUACAGUGAUUCAGAAUCUCCGUUGUUUCAAGCUCUAGGCAGCCUCAUGAAUCCUGGGCUUUCACUCACGGAGGGGCUCAAGAGGGCGAUGGUGAAAAAAAGCAGUCAUAUAGAUGCAAAAAAGAAUAUCCAGUAUGAAAUUUUGAACAAGUUUACGGAGGAAGACGGAAGCACUCCUCUAUACGUCACUCGUGGGUCCAUAUCUCCCACCCCUAGUGGCUGGCCAAUCCCACACGACGCGCCGUACAAGGCUCAGUUGGACAAAUUGAUGGUGGCCAUCUUGGAGGCUGGCCUCUAUGAUAAGUGGACAGCAGACUUGAUGAGGGAGACGAAGCUCAAGAGUCAGAGGAGACAACGUCACGCUGCAGGACGCGAAGGCCAGGAGGAACCAAAGGCAUCAAAUGAGGAUGGUCUACCAACCCUUACCAUUAAGCACACGCAAGGCGCCUUCAUCCUCCUCCUGCUGGGUCUCGUCUUUAACACACUCGUCUUUUCCAGUGAGCUGCUAUGUAAGAUUUAACUAUGUUAAUAAAAACUGUGGCCAUAAAACAAUAAAAUCAAGAAGGACA